AUGACCCAUCAGCGCAGUCUUCAUAAGUUCUCAACUUCCGAGUUGAAUAACGGUCAGCACAUUCCUAUUGCUGGGUUUGGAACGUAUUUAAUUUCUGUUGAAAAAGCAGCCACACUUGUCUAUGAUGCUUUAGACGCCGGCUAUAGGCACAUCGACACCGCAAUUGCCUACAAGAAUCAACGUGAAGUGGCACAAGGUGUUGCGAGGUUCCUUCAAGAUCACCCCAAUGUCCAAAGGAAAGAUAUUUGGUUCACCACCAAAAUUGCAAACGAAAAUCAAGGCUACGAGAAUACGCAAAAGGCGGUGCAACAAAUCAGUGACGACACCAAAGAGUUUAUUGAUUAUGUUGAUUUGAUUUUGAUUCACUCACCAAAAACAUCUACCAAAGAACGCUUGGGUACUUACAAAGCAUUACAGGAGUAUGUACUCGAACCUAAUAACGGAGUAUUGAGCGUAAAAUCGAUUGGAGUUUCUAACUACGGUAUUGCACAUUUGGAGGAGUUGUUCCAUUGGGAAGGCUUCAAAGUCAAACCGGUAAUCAACCAACUUGAGUUGCAUCCUUGGUUGCCUAGAGUCGGGCUCAGAGAAUACCUAGACAAACAUGAGAUUCUAGCUGAAGCGUACUCGCCACUUACUCGGGGAAGGAGACUCGAUGAUCCUGAAUUAUUGGAGCUCAGCCAAAGGUAUAACUUAUCGCCUGCGGAAAUUUUGUUAAAAUGGUCGUAUUUGCAAGGAUUCAUUGUUUUGGUAAAAACUGAGAGCCCAAAGAGAGCCAAGGAUAACUUGGAUUUAUUACCAGAUUCAAAAGGAAGUGAUGGUGGUGAUGGAAUGCUUGGUUUGAACUCCGAAAUUUUGAAGGUUUUGGACAAGCCAGAAUCUAAAGUUGUACUCACUUGGGGCGGGAUUGAUCCAACAUUGUAUAAGGAUGAGUAA